AUGGCUGCCACAAAAUUACUCAGUUCUUGUUUUUUUAUACUACCAAUCACUACAUUGAAAAUGUUUUUCACAUCUGUUGUCUUCAUUCUUCACUUGCUUUUCUUGGCAAAUGGGACUCCCAUUCUUGCAAAAAGAUCCGACCGGUAUAUACAAGCAUCUGUCCAAUACAUCGACCAAUCUGAUCUUAUGAUGGAACUUAGCGUUGGGACUCCUGGCUCAGAAAUCUUGGUGGUUCUUGAUACUGCUUCUUCUGAUUUGUAUGUUUCUUUGCCUAAUGUCACCACUGGCUAUUAUUCUGUCGACUUCAUUGGCUCCUUCACUCCAAGCGACUCUUCUACUUUCAAAUAUUUGAACAUCACUUAUGACAUGCAAUACCUUAGUGGUGAUGUCUGGGGCUAUAUGGGAACGGAUGAUGUUAGCUUAUCUGGUGAGAUUCUUAGAAACUAUCAAUUCGCCUAUGUAUAUUCCCUGGGUAAUGGCAUCACCGCUUUACUUGGGCUUGGUCCAAUUGGUUCAGAAAACGUUUACAUCAAUAGAUAUCCAAACUUUGUUACUCUGUUGGUAAAUCAGGGACUCAUUGACAGAGGAAUAUUUGGCUUAUAUGCUGGGACUCAAUCCUCGAUCGAUGGUGGUAGUAUUGUGUUCGGGGGAGUUGAUGUUGCGAAAUAUUCAGGUAAUUUGGUUCAAUUGAACUGCGUUCCUCAGUUGUCGACUACCAAAAAAAUUGUUAAUUAUUGGGUUGAUUUUGAAGGAUUUUCCAUCAAUGGUGAUAACGGUAUGACCUCUUUGCUUCAAAAUGGUACUGCAUAUACCGCAAUUUUUGAUUCUGGUACAUCAGUGCUCGCUCUUCCGGAUGCAAUUUACCAAUACAUUGUUUAUGAUUAUUUCAACGUCUCCGACCCUGAUGAUACGGUUUCUUGUGAUAACAAUGAUACUCUCAAUUUCCAAUUUGAUGGAUUUGACAUCACAGUGCCAAUGAGUGAUAAUUUGUUUUCCGUUGGUGCUGGCGAAUGUAUAAUUGCCAUGCAAUCCCUGGGAAAUGAUGUAAAUUUUUAUCUCGGAAUCACCACCUUGCAAAGAAUCUACACAGUGUUUGACCCUAUAAACAUAAAGCUUUAUGUCGCACCAAUCAUCCAAACUAAUGACUCUUCGGUGUUCUCCGUUCAAAAUGAUACUGAUCUUACUACAUUGAAAGACAGCACUGCUAGCUCCUUCCUCACUAGUGAACCAAAACCAACGACAGUUACAGCUCAAUUUUUAACCUCAACAUAUGCGUCAUUAUAUGUUAGUCCUGGGUUAAGUUUAUCAACUAGUUCUUACUCUGGUUCCAUCUUUCACCCAACCUCUACUGUUACCACUUCAAAUGAUUUACCUUCUUACUUGACCACUCACUCUGAGUCUGGUGCCUCUCCACCGGUAUUCAGUACCUCUGUUCCGUCAGUCUCCUCUUUCAAUUCUCAUGGAAUAUCCUCUAUUGUGUCUCUGUGGACUACAAUGUCUACACAUGUCAACAAUGGCGGAAACCCUUAUAGUGAACCUCAAGGGGAUGCAAACGGUAAUAAUAACCCCAUUUACUAUUGUGGCAGACCCGGCUACUGA